GGGCUCAGAUAUGGAGGCAAAUGGGAGCCAAGGCACCUCGGGCAGCGCCAACGACUCCCAGCACGACCCCGGUAAAAUGUUUAUCGGUGGACUGAGCUGGCAGACCUCACCAGAUAGCCUUAGAGACUAUUUUAGCAAAUUUGGAGAAAUUAGAGAAUGUAUGGUCAUGAGAGACCCCACUACGAAACGCUCCAGAGGCUUCGGUUUCGUCACGUUUGCAGACCCAGCAAGUGUAGAUAAAGUAUUAGGUCAGCCCCACCAUGAGUUAGAUUCCAAGACGAUUGACCCCAAAGUUGCAUUUCCUCGCCGAGCACAACCCAAGAUGGUCACAAGAACAAAGAAAAUAUUUGUAGGCGGAUUAUCUGCGAACACAGUAGUGGAAGACGUAAAGCAAUAUUUCGAGCAGUUUGGCAAGGUGGAGGAUGCCAUGCUGAUGUUUGAUAAGACGACCAACAGGCACAGAGAUGAGAAAACUGAGACUCAGAGAGGUGGUUCCUUGCUGAGGACCACACACCCAGAGCCUGAAAAUAUACUCCAGGCUGUGUUAGGAUUCCUUGGACACUUCGCAGUGCCUGGCACUGUACCUGGGUACGAUCGAUGCUUCUGGAGAAGAGAUGAUGAUGGAGUUCCCGUUUUCUGUAGGGCUGAAUUUUUUAGCAGGGCAGUCAGAGCAUCUGAUGUGCCAUUUAGUACUGCUCCCAGGUCUUUAGCCACAUCGUUCUGCCUGCUGUUUGCCCACAGGUCACAGCACACCAUGUUCCCGCAGAACUCCUUGCCUGGGUGCCUGCCAUUAUCUCUGGCUGGAAUGCACCCCCUGCCCUUUUGGUUCCUGGGAUCAUCCCGCACACAGAGAUGUACCUGUCUGGGAGCCUCCUGCCUCCUUGCAGGCAGAGUCAUCUCCUGCCCCACCCCACCUUGUUUGCUUCCUGUUGGGAUUGUCUGCCCGGGGAUGUCUCUGAAGACAGGCGGUGAUUCAUGUUAUACCCCCAGACCUAGCACUGUGCCUGGCACCUUGGCCAAGCGCAGUGACAGUUGAGCGGGUUCAUUUGAGCAGCUUCACGGAGCAGGCUUUAUCUGUGUAGGCUUUGAGAGUGGCAGGGGGAGAGGUGGCAAGGGGAGGAGGUGUUCCGACAGAAGCCCCCUCCUUGCCAUGCUCCUCUCUCAGGCUCCCUGGGUUUGGUGAAAAUUAGCUGUAGUCAUGAGACACCCCUGUUGCCUCCUAAACAGCAUCUGUUUACUUUCCCAGGGAGAGUAGCAAUUUAUGAUGAGCGAACAGAAGCGAAAACUCCUCUCCUCCUCCCUUUGCUGCCUGCUUGUUUCUGGGACACGUGGGCAGACACCCAAAGACGUUCUCACAGACUGGAGAGAUUGGAGGCUGUGUGAAGUUGUAGCAUUGGCAGAUAAGGCCUUUUGGGUCUUCUCCUCUUUGGAGUAGUUGAUAAGUGGCACAGAAAACCUUCAGACCCAGAGCUUGUGGAUGGCUCAGUCCUUGGAGGCUGAUCUCCCGUUCUCCGGGAGCAAGACCCUCCUUAAAUGGGGAAGCAAAUACGCAGAGCAAUGCGUACUUGAGGCUUAAUGUAAGUUAAUUCCUUUUGGCGCAGCCCCAGAUACCUUGAUUAAAUGGCCUGUGAAGUGCUGAGAUAUCUUGAUAAUGUACGUUUUACAUUUGAUUAUAUAAUCAAUUAUGUUUCUCCUAAUAAAAUUCAAAACGAGCUAAAAAGCCAGGAGAAGGCUGUGCCAUGUAUCCAAAAAAAAAAGUCUCCGGAUGGGUGUAAGGGAGUCCAUAACACACCUUGAGGAGGCUGGCGGUGCCCCGGGGGCCGGGGCCGGAUAUGUGCUGUGUUUACCUGUGCAGAAGUCACCCAUGUUUACAGAACGCAAGGGCAAAAUGAGGUAUCACUCCAAGGCACUGAAAUGGAGUACAGCGUUGCUUUCCAAGACAAAAAUGGCUCAUUCGCUCAGUGACUGAGGUCGUAGAAUCUGGCCCAUCUCACAGCUGCCCCUCCCAAAGCUCAGGGCAGAAGCAUGAAAAAAACUCCGAGGAGCCCGGCCUGCGCACAAGGCUGCCACCGAUCAGGCUGGGGCCACUAGUUGGCUUAUGAAACAAUGAAAGGAAAAGUGUUCAGAGGUGCACCAAGGGCCUUGUAGAGCCAAUUAGGAGAGCCGCCCUGUGGCUUUCUCUGCCUGCCUGUGUAGCAGCUGCUCCCCGCUGGCAAUGUGGCAGGAUUUAAUAGAAGGGACAUGCUCAAACCCAUUUUUCCAGAGCGUGUUGGAGAAGGACCCAAGGAUUCUUCUAUUGAUACCAUGGAAGGGUAUUGAUACCAUGGAAGGGGGUGUUUCUUCAAGGACAGUUACAUGUAGGAGGGAGCUUGGGAUCUUGGGGGGCAAAUGCUUGUUCAUGUAACCAAGGGAAGGGUCUAUUCAGAACAACCAGUUCUGUCCGCAGACAAGCUGCCACAGCAGUUUUGUUUCCGUUUAAAACAUUGCUAUCAACCAGUUGGAAUAUGGGCCCGGAGUAUCGCAGGGAGUAAUCUAAUUAGUAUGAAGUCAAUUCAGUCGCUCCUUUUGUAUCUCGUGAUUAAAUAAGUGGGGAAAAUGGCUUGAAAAUUAGGUGCUAGAACGACCCAAUUACAUUUCUGUAGCUUUUUGUAUUCAAUUUCAUAAACAAUUUUGCUCUUCGCUGGUUAAUCAGUGAAUGCCUUUUUCCAGUUUGAAAAGCACUUUUGAAAUUAUAAUGCAAUUAAAUUGUGUGUGGAUGUUCUGGCAUAGUGAGUGUGAAAGCUGGGGGCUUGGCAGGCCGCCAUGUUGUACCUUGACUGUAAUGAGUCCCCAGGCUGGCAGCUUGCAAGUGUCAUUCAUAAUAUUGUCCAUGCUGGGUUACUGUAAAGUGUAGCUGCCUUAACCAGCAGUAAACCAGCAACCGCUAGUCCCCGCUCUCAAGCGGGUUGUACAUGCCUCACAUGACAGAGUGGCUACAGAGAUGUCAGAAAGUGGAUUCCGCCUCCCAUGGCCUGCUCAGGCACUGAAAAGUUGAGCGUCUUCCUGAUCGAUGAAGCCAGCCCCUCAAAGAUAAUCCACUUGGCUGUUCCCCAGGAAAGGGUGGAAUGAAUUUGUCUUUCUUUUGUUUGGCCACUCAGUCUUCUCUGUCUAUAGUUAUAAUAGAUCAUGGAAAGGGGAGAGAAGAGAUAGAAGAAAUCUCGGGCACCUGCAAUGUGCUUAGCAUUACAAUAAAUACUUUUUUCAAAUCUUAACUCUCACCCUGCAAGAGAAGUAUUGUUACCCCAUUUUAUAGAUAAGGACCCAAGCCACCUUGAGUGUCAGUAACUUCCUGUAAGUGGUGGCUCUGUGGAUGGGACCUGAGUUUAUCUAACUCUAAAACCUAUCUUCUCUGAAUGUUUCCAUGCUGGCAGCAGCGUAGUGUAAUGGAAGACAGACUGAAAUGAAGGCAAGGAACCUGGAUGGGAGCUGGGUACAGGAGUGUGGUGUGAGCUCAGUUGCUCCUGUGAUGGGGGUGAGAUCCUGAGCCCUCCCACUAUAGAAGGACGCCUUCGGGUUCACAGACGGAUGUUGUAUGUAAAAUGAACCAUGCUGUAGGCAUUUUUUCCAAACCAUUAUUUCAGUACAUUCCUACUCCUUUGGACAUUUGAGUAUGAGUUGGAUGAUCUAUAAUGUGGGUACAAGAUUCGAGACAGUCACCCGAGGUUGAUGUUAAGAACCUACGGAGGACUGAAACUAUCCCAUGAAACCAUCACUAAACAACAGUUUAGCCUAGUUAAUAAAGGAUGUUUGACUUACUUGAGCAUAGCGCUUUUAUAAAGAAAUAUCUACAUGAGGGUGAACUGACAACAGUUGGUCUAAAGCACAGAUGAGAACUUUAAAAGGCAGAGAGCCUAAAUUGAUAGUGAGGAGACAAUAUGGAUAGAGAAAGUUAGGAUGGUGACACAAGGCGAAGUACGUGACCAAUGUUACUGAACUGUUCAUGCAGAAAUUGUAAAUGUUUGAUAUGUGUUUGGUUGUGUAUAUUGCCACCCAAAAUAAAGAUUAUAUUAAAUAUAUAUAUAUAUAUAAUCAGUAUUUAAAAAAAAAAAAAAACUUAUUGAAGAGUAAAGAGAAGUUUCCAGGGCAAUGUUAACUGUGACAUAAUCCAGUAAACAGGGUCCUCAGGCCCCCUUUCUUGGGUGCUUUCUUGGCCCCAAAUCCUACCCCACUCAUAAUGAAGACUCCCUAUUGCUAUUAGUAAUUUAGGGUAAGAAGCCUGUAACAGGUAGACUCCCAAGGGCCUCCCAGAAAAAGGUGGUUAAAUUAUCCUGAUUCUAGAGCUUUCUUAGUGGCUCUUAAUGGCUUAGCUCCUAACGGUUAACACCUUCUCGUUCCAGCCGCUGAUCUCCCUUCUGCCCAGUUGAUUCCCCCGCCACCCCCCGACACACACCCAAUAGGGGCCUUCAAACUCACCCAAUAGGGGCCUUCAAACUAAACCAGGUUUACUGGAAAGGAGAGAUGUUAAACUCCUAGUGGCCCUGUUCAGCACAUUGCUCCAUGUUAACUGACUUAGAAUUUUAACCAAAAUGGGCAUACCUGUGGCCUGGUUUUUGUAAUGCCUGCUGAGUGGGAAUGACAGGCUAUGAUGAUGUUUAUUGACGAGCGGAAAGGUCAGGAUGGUAGACCUGAGCACACCUGGGCCUGGCUGGUAAUGGAGGAGAAAGGGGAACUGAGGGUGAUAUUUACUGAGCUAUCUUGGACUUGGGAAGACUGUUCCAUGUGCAGCCUUUUUUCUUUUUUUUUUUUUUUAGAUUUUUGGCCACAUGCCUGGGCGAUCUUCGGUCAGGUGCAACAUCUGUUUCGAAGUAUAGCUCGGCAAAGCUAGGAUGGGGAGGUGAAUGGGGUGGGACAUCGGAUUAGAGAGAGGAGGGAAGAUGGGACUCCAGAGACUAAGCUUAGAUUUCGCUGGAAAGUAUGUUAGUAACUGCUAGCAUGUGCUUCUAAUCAUAGACUUGCCAGAUGUUACCCGAGUGGGAAAUGGAGGGGCCUUGACUGAUGCUUCCUGAUGGGGAACAAGUAGCUUCAAAUUGGAAAUGGGCUCCAGUUUGCUUGCCAGGUGUUUGCUCCUUCCUAGAACAUCUGGAAGGAGGCUGAUAAAAGAAGCAUCUUUGUCCCAGUGUUGGGGUCAACUGUCUUGCUGGCAGAUCCUCUAAAAGCUGAACAUUCUGGUGGUGAAAGGAGCCAUGAGAACCCUCUAGAAUGACCCCCUGUAUCCAGGACCUGAUCCAUCUCAGUGUUUGAACUUCUAGGACCUGAGCCUGAGGCUCCAAGACAAUGCACCUUGCAUGCCUGGGCUGAUGAGGUCCCUGUUUCUGGAGAGAUGCAGGAAGUUCAAGAAUCUCUGAGGAAGAAGCAAGAGAAGCAGGUAUAGGAAGAUGAAGAAUCAGCUCCUGACUGGGUUUCUGGUCCAAAAUGAGAAGAUUCAAAAUGCCUGUUAAGGUAGCGACUGUCCUAAACCAGGAGUCCCUGGGUGGCACAAAUGGUUAAUAUGCUGAGCUGCUAACUGAAAGAUUGGAGGUUUGAGUCCACCCAGAGGUCCCUUGGAAGAAAGGCCUGGUGAUCUACUUCUGAAAAAUCAGCCAUUGAAAACCCUGUGGAACACAGUUCUACCCUGACACGUAUGGGGCCGCCAUGAGUCAGAACUGAUUUGACGGCAACUGGUUAACUUUUAAUCCUAAACCAGCGAGACUGUGGGAGCUCCAUGGGGAUCUCAGGAGGGAAAAUGGAGCCUGGUUAAUUAACACAGAGCCCGUCUUGGCGUAUGGGUUUUCACCCAGGGCCAUCUGGGUGUAUCUUCUCCAUGGUGGUCCUCCUGGCAGAGGUGGUCAGUUAGCCAGUUGGUAAAGAAUUCCCGGGUGCAGUACAGGAUCCCAAGAUGACAGUGCAGGGGCCCAACCCACGUAUCCCUGAGCUUUGUGUGCCACCAGCCAGCCUGCUAGCAGGACGGGCUCAUUGCCCAACCUCUGGGGACCCAACUCUUUGGGAGCCACUGGGAAAGGGGUGAAAUGGACCUACUUUGAGAAUUGGGGAAAGGUCUGGACACAGCCCACGUGCCGACACACACUCAGGAAAACACUUACAGAGUGCAAAUGGAGAGGAAAUUAUGGUACAUUCAUAUGGUAGUUUAUUGCACAUCCAUUAAAAUGGUGUUUACAGAGAGUUUUCAAAUGACAUAUGGAAAUGCUGAUGAUAUAAUAUUACCUGAAAAGCUGUAAAAUUUAUAUACACGAUGAAUCACAUUAGAGUUAGAAUCACCUGGGGAGCUUUUAUAGAAUACCAAUUCCUAGGCCCCACCUCAGACCAAGUACAUCAGAGUCUCUGCAUGUGAGGCCUGGAGAUCAGUCUUAAGGCUCCCCAAUUGAUUCCGAGAUGCAGCCAGGGCUGAGAGGCAUGGCGGUCAAGCAGUAUUUGUGGAAGGAGAGAAAUUCUCCAAACUGUUAACAGUGGUUCUCUUUGGUGGAAGAGUUAUGGGUGAGUUCUGAGGCUGUGCUUUCAUCAUUUCUGAGUUUUCCCAGGGAGCAUGGGAGCCAGGAUUCGAAUGGGGAACUGGGGCCUUGCCCUGAGGCCCCCACUGGCUGGUAAAAAUGGAUAGUGCUGGAGACUCAAGGUCAAGCCCUUCUGUGUAGCUCCCUUCUCCUCCCUCUCAUCCAUGGUCCUUGGGGUUCUGUUGAUUUGAGAAUUUAUUCUCGUGCUCUCAAUUAUGAGGCCAUACUGCUGGUUGGAGUAUUUAUCAAGAAAACAAAAACCAUCUAUCUGAGGCAAAGAAGGAACCUCAGCGUAGUCCCCGCUGCCUUUGUUCAGAUGGGUGUGUCCAGGUUGCCAGAGUUAAACCACUCCUCACUGCUGCCCAAGCUGGACCCUCUCUGAGGUGGGGGUCCCUGACAAGCUAGUCUGGUGGGCAGGUAGAUGAGGCUUGGCUGGGUUAGCUGGGCUGGGUUUCUGGGGUAAGGUCAGGCAGGGAACAGGCAGUUGAGGUAGCAAUUACGGCCUCUGUAGAGGUUUCCCCUGCAGAUUUGGGGAAAGCAUGAGCCACGGGGUGGGUUCAGGGCCUGUCACCUGCUGUGGCCAGUGUCUGUCUGCUGUCUUGCUGUAGAAGACCAAGCAAGGACCAUGCCAUCAGCUAUAAUUGCCUGCCUCUCUGAGGUAUCGGGUCUAGCACAGAGCUUUUGAGCCGAGGGCAGGAUGUUGAACGGUGUUUCAUUUCUAGAGCCACGGCGGCGGCUUUAACUAGGAACCAAGCUUUCGCCCAGUCCUGACAUCAUUUAUCUCUGAGGAACCUAGAGGCUGAGAGCGUGCCGCUAAUCUUUUACUGCUUGUCACCGUUAAAGAGGAGAAGGAGGCUGCUGCCCUCCUUUCCUGCCCCAGCCCCAGCAAGGGGAGAAUCAAUCCAGGAUGAGCUGUUGUCGCUUGUUAAACCUUCUCCUCUCACAUUCUGAACAGAGUGGCCUGGCCACGGGACCAUGAGAGGGAAGGACACAGGCAAGGAAAGGAGGCUGUGCAGGAGAGAGUUGCUGCUCUGAGGGAGCAGGCGCCUCCCCGACCCAGGGCCUGAGGUGCCUGCCUCUGUGGCCUGCCUGAUCCUGGGGAGACCUGCUUCUGUUCAACCUGGUGGUAGUUUACCUGCCUUUACCUCAGAAACCCCUGGACUCUGGAUAUCUGGUCAGAGGCAAGACUGGCGAUGCUCCAGUUCUCUUGUCAUUUUCAUUCGAUAUGCAGUAUGGCCAGGGUCAAAGGCCACAGCCUAUACCUCAGUUUCCUCUUGGGUUAAAGUGGGGAUAAUAAUCCCUUUUGAGAUAGCCUCAUUGUAUGAUUGUGAGGAUAAAGUGAAAUAACCUGUGGGAAUGGUUCGAAAAGACAGUGGUGAAAUAACAAUAAUUACUAUAAUGAUACAUUGUGAGUGAAUCCAGACACAUAGUCGUCAGCUCUUUCUUUGCUGUUUCCAGCUGAGUAGGUUACAAAAUAGAAGAGUUGAUGUUUUAUACAGCUGACCACAGUGGUGCCACUAGGGGAGAUCAGGGAGUGCGGACCACACCAGUGACACCGUCAGAGGCGGUGACAGCAAAAUGACUGUCUACAAAAUCUUUGUGCAGUGCUUUAGCAGAAAUUUAUUAUUUUUUAUGAAAAUAUCUCUGUAGUUAGUUACAACAACAAAAAUGUUUUUUGUAAGCCCAGCUUGCAUGUAUCAAUAUACCUACAAGGCUAAAACUCUAUGCUAAUUUACUUUUUGAACCUUCUAAUGCUCUCCAGUCAGACUGUCCUUAUUACUUAGUUGCCAUGAGGCUUUGAAUCAUGUGAUUUCGUCUGCUUGGGCUGCAGGCACAUGCUGUUGUUUUCGUGGCUGCGGGUGUUUUUAUAGCCACUGAUUUUGUUCCAUUUUCUUGUGUUUUAGCCACAAUAUUGUGGUAAUUAGCAUAGGGGGGUGACACAAUGAGUUACCGCUCUGGGUGACACCAACUCCAGUGACACCCCUGGCUGGCCAUGUGCCUCUAAUUCCCUGAAAUCAGGAGAUUUCAAACCGUCUCUCUGCAAGUGACCAUUUCCCCCGUUUCAUCUCAGCCUUUCCUUGACCGCUCUUGUUCUCCAGGCCCCCAGAGAGGGAUCUGUAUAAGUGUUGUUGUUGUAUGCUGUCUAGUUGAUUCUGAUGCAUAGCAACCUUAUAGGACAGAGUAGAGCUGCCCCAUAGGGUCUCCUAGGCUGUAAAUCUUUUUUUUUUUUUUUUUAAUUGCACUUUAGGCUGUAAAUCUUUACGAGAACAGAUUGCCAGGUCUUUUCUCAUACAGAGCCACUGGUGGGUUUGAACCACUGACCUUUCCGUUAGCAGCAGAGCACUUAACCACUGAGCCACCGGGGUUCCUCUCUGCUUUGGUGUGUGUGGUGGGGAGCUGGAAAGCUGAUCAGCCAUUCCAAAAUGGAAAUCAGUGGGGUUGUAGCCAGUUAAGUAAGAACAGGUGACCCUAACAGGUGUGUGUGGCAGAAUCAGACCCUUGGUUCUGAACUUGCUGGGAAGCAGGGAAGGAUUUGGCAUCACCGGGGCAGAAUGUGGCAGGUUCAGAUAAGGACUCAGAGGUUUAAUCAGCAAAGCUAUUUAGGUCCCAGUGAGUCUCACUGUGAGAAUUAUUUUGAGCCUCACCCUAUUCCGGAAAUGUUGGGUUCACUAAGCAAGAUGGUAUUCAGCAUGAGCAGCCUGGAAAAGAGGGAGGACUUGCCACAGAAGCCCCAGGAUUAGGGGAAUUUGCAUAGCCUGGAGCCUUGGGCUGUGGGGCACCGUCUCUGGACUCUAGCUUCUGAGGAGUUGCUUUUUAGCAACCAUUCUGAGUUUCUGUUUGGGGUGAUGAAAAAGUUUUGGAAAUCAGUAGUAGUGUUGGUUGCACAACAUUGUGAAUGUAAUUAUUGUCAGUGAAUCGUACAUUUAAAAAAUGACUAAAAGAAACAAAAAACAAGAACCAUGUGAUCUUAUCAACUGAUGCAGAAAAGGCAUUUGACAAAGUCUAACACCCACUCAUAAUAAAACUCUCAGCAAAAUAGGAAUAUAAGGGAAAUUCCUAAACAUAAUAAAGAGCUUUUAUACAAAGCCAAUAGUCAACAUCAUCCUAAAUGAAGAGAGUCUGAAAACAUUCCCCUUGAGAACGGAAACCAGACAAGGAUGCCCUUUAUCACCACUCUUAUUUAACAUUGUGCUGAAAGUCCUAGCCAGAGAAAUAAGGCAAUAAAAAGAAAUAAAAGGCAUCCAAAUUGGCAAGGAAGAAGUAAAAGUAUCCCUAUUCGAAGAUGAUAUAGUCUCGUACACAGAAAACCCCAAAGAAUCCACAAGGAAACUACUGAAACUGAUAGAAGAUUUCAGCAAAGUAUCAGGAUACAAGAUAAACAUAAAAAAAAUCACUUGGAUUCCUUUAUACCAACAAAGAGAACUUCAAAGAGGAAAUCACCAAAUCAAUACCAUUUACAAUAGUCCCCAAGAAGAUAAAAUAUUUAGGAAUAAAAACCAGAAACGUAAAAAACCUAUACAAAGAAAACUACAAAACACUACUGCAAGAAACCAAAAGAGACCUACAUAAGUGGAUAAACAUACUUUGCUCAUGGAUAGGAAGAUUCAACAUUGUGAAAAUGUCAGUUCUACCGAAGCCAUCUACAGAUAACAAUGCAGUCCCGAUCCAUAUCCCAACGACAUUUAGUUGGAGAAACAAAUCACCAACUUCAUAUGGAAAGCGAGAGGCCCUGGAUAAGUAAAACAUUACUGAGGAAGAACAAAUUGGGAGGCCUAACACUACCUGGUUUUAGAAUCUAUUAUACUGAUCUGGUAGUCAAAACAGCCUGGUACUGGUACAACAGAUACAUAGGCCAAUGGAACAGAACUGAGAAUCCAGACAUAAAUUCAUCCACCUAUAAACAGCUAAUAUUUGACAAAGGCCCAAAGUCCAUUAAGUGGGGGAAAGACAGUCUCUUUAACAAAUGGUGCUGAUAUAACUGAAUAUUCAUCUGCAAAAAAUGAAACAAGACCCAUACCUCACACCAUGCACAAAAACUAACUCAAAAUGAAUCAAAGACCUAAAUAUGAAAUCUUAAACUAUGAAGAUCAUGGAAGAAAAAAAUAGGGACAAUACUAGGAGCCCUAAUACAUGGCAUAAACAGAAUACAAAACAUAACUAACAAUGCACAAACACCAGAAGAGAAACUAGAUAACUGGGAGCUCCUAAAAAUCAAACACUUACGCUCAUCAAAGGACUUCACCAAAAGAGUAAAAAGACAACCUACAGACUGCAAAAAAAUUUUUGUUGCUACAACAUAAUCUGAUCAGGGUCUAAUUCCUGAAAUCUACUAAAAAAAACUUCAACAACAAAAAGAUAACCCAAUUUAAAAAUGAGCAAAGGAUAUGAACAGGCACUUCACCAAAGAAGACAUUCAGGCAGCUAACAGAUACAUGAGGAAACGCUCAUGAUCAUCAGCCAUUAGAGAAAUACUAAUCAAAACUACAGUGAGAUACCAUCUCACCCCAACAAGACUGGCAUUAUUCCAAAAAACACAAAAUAAUAAAUGUUGGAGAGGUUGUGAAGAGACUGGAACACUUACACAUUGCUAGUGGGAAUGUAAAAUGGUGCAACCACUUUGAAAAUCGAUUUGGCACUACCCUAAAAAGCUAGAAAUAAAAGUACCAUAUGAUCCAGCAAUCCCACUCCUUGGAAUAUAAGAGAAAUAAGAGCUGUCGCACGAAUAGAUAUAUGCACACCCAUGUU